GUGGAGGGCACCCAGACCCCUGGCGGACCAGGAGAGACGAGCCCACUCGACCAGGAGAUUGCGGGGCUCGAGGAGACCGCCGAGGACCCAGAGCUCGAGGCGCGGCUGGCGCGGCUCGGGGGCAGGGCAGCUCGUGGUGUGCCGAGGCAGGGCACGCCCAAGAAUGCUGCGCGUCCAGCGGGAGCCGUGGGCGAGCGCCUGGCGCAGGUGGUAGCUGGCCGAGCCGCCGCUGCUGCCCCUGCGCGCGCCAGCGCCACGGGGUCGAGGAGCAGGCUGGCGUCAGCGUUGACCGCUGCGCUCCUGGGGCGCGACGACGACGACGCGGAGGACGGCGCGGAGAGCGACGCGGAGCGCCUCGGGGGCCGCGACCGCUACCAGGGCGUGAACAUCAAGCGCGACUUGUUCCGCAGGAUCGCUCGGCAGCGGCCCGGCGCUCUCCUCGAGAAUGGGCUCGGCCACCUGCGCAGCCAGUUCACCCAGCAGUUAUCCGCAGGCGAGGCCGACCCUCUGGCCCCGUGCGUCACACAGUUCCUGAACACGGUGUUCUUCGUUGCUCACCCGCCGCGGACGCUGGGGACAGACGAGGUGCGGGUCCUCCGCACGCUGGGGCUGGCGCUCGACGGCAUCCUGCGCGGAGAGGUCGUCGAGACUGCGGAUCUGCUCAUGCAGGAGUUCAAGGCGCGGACGAUGGCCAUCCGCGACGGGAACUGGCGGUCGGCACGGUGGCUCACGCUGGUCGCGCAGGAACAGCUUCCAUCAGGCGCCUCUCUGGACGAGGAGAACGCUGCCGAGAAGGUCGAGGCCCGGGAGCUGAAGAAGCCGCCAGCAGCGCGGAGGACCAGCCGCAGUCCCACGCGGUCAGUCCAGCUCCUGAGCGACUCGGAGGGGGACCUCGACGCAGCAGCCGCCGCCCGCGUGCCACCAGCGGAGGCGGCGGCAGGCCGGAGCUUCGCGCAGCACAAGGCGGCCCACCCGAGGGGCGAGGGCGAGACCCAGGCAGCGUGGAAGGCGCGCAUCGGGAGGCCGCUGGCUGCCAAGAGCCGCGGCAAAGGCAAGACGGGGAAGAGCCGCGGCACGAGCACUGCUCGCAGGACGGCCUGGGCCGCGGCCCAGAGCACGCUCCCGUCUGCCUUCCGCCCGCCUGAGCGGCAGCUACGCGGCAGCUCGCAGGCUCGGCGGUGGCGCCAGAUGCUAGCCGAGGUGGGCACAGGCGUCAGCUCCAAGUUCAGGCUCGCCCUCGCAGUCCACGAGGCGGUGCACGGCUCGCCAGGGGCGAUCGGGCGGUACGUUCGUAAGAUGUGCACUUCGCCAGCCCCCGCGGCCAGCUUCGCGCGGCUGCGCGAGGUGUUGCCGUUACCGCUGCCCGACGCCCCACUCUUUGAGAGGUACCGUGCCGCCUGGUACCUGCAGCAGCUGCCGGAGACCAGCGAGGUGGACGCCGCCACGGCGCAGGGGUGGGCCCAGCUCGUGGUCUUCAGCCUGAACUACCAGUACACGGGGCACAUGCGUAGUCCCACCGUCGCCGCGAGGCGGCCCACGGCAAGCCAGGUCAGUGCGCUCGGCAUUGUGCAGGAGGCCUGUGAGUAUUUCGUUCAGGAUGCCGCCACAGCCUUCGAGCUCCCGGACUGGGACCAGGUCAUCGCGUCGAGGACCGUCUCCUACGGGGGCGAGGAGACGGCCCGCGCCCUGCCGCUCUCGCUUGCGGGCAUCAUGCCAGGCCUCCCCGCGCGAGGCGUCGCCGCCUCUGUCAAGGCGGUCGACAUCGCGGACGCUCAGGUGGGCGCCUGGCUUGCCGACCCCACGCUGGCUUUGCUCCCUCGAGAUGAGUGGCCUGCAGAGGUCCCGCGGGCGGCGAUCCAGGUCACGUCCAAGCAGGAGUGGUACCGCAUCGGGACCAAGCUCGUCGAGCUGGGGCUGGCGGCGCCGAUCGCCGACGACCGCAUCUUCAAGGUCGGGAGCCGCAAGGUGCUCGCUGGGGCGUUCGGGGUCGCCAAGGGAGGCACGCCGUCACCUGGCCAGGCGUGCGCCCAGCGUUUGAUCAUCAACAUGGUCCCGGCCAACAGCUACCAGCGCAUCAUGAGGGAUGACAUCGGGACCCUUAGCGCGUCGCCCUCGUGGGUCGCCAUCCCGCUCCCAGAGGGCCACAUGCUGCUCUGGUCCUCAGAUGACCAAGCCUCCGCUUUCUACUGCUACGAGCUGCCCGAGGCCUGGCAGCCAUACAUGACCCUCGCGGAGGCGAUCCCGAACGAGCUCAUCGGUGUGCCAGGUCCUGGGAAGACUCACCUCGCGCUGCGUGUCAUCCCGAUGGGCUGGAUCAACGCGGCGCCUCGGGUUCGGCUCUCGCCCCUCGCUGCGGGGUUUCCCGCAGAGCUCGAGUGGCGCAAGGACCGGCCGCUUCCGUUCAAGUCGAAGGAGCUCGAGCAGCAGUGGAUCCAGUACUACAUCGACGACUGGGACCAUGGCGAGGUGGUGCCCAACGCGAUGGUCGCGGAGCUCCUCGGCACGAUGAGCUGCGCGCAGGAGGAGCAGAGGGCCGCCUACGGCCGCUCGGGGAUCAGCGUCGCCCCCGGCAAGGCCAAGCACCGCGCGCUGGUCCUGGAGCGGAUGGGCGCGGGUCUUGACGGGGCCGUCGGCCGGGUCGGAGUCACGACCGAGAAGCUGCACCAGCUGCUGGCGUUCAUCCUGUGGGGCAUGGGCAGACAGGGCCUCUCGUCGCAGGGCACGCUCAUGAUCCUAGGCAGGUGCGUCAGGGCAGCGGAGUUCAGGAGGCCUUUCAUGGGAUUCCUCAACAGCGUGUGGGCUGCUGGGCGCUGGACGCGUCCGCAGGCUGUUCCCCUUGGCAUGUGCGACGAGCUCUUGGGCUUCGCGAUGGCGCUGCCGCUGGCCUACACCGACCUGCGCGCAAAGAUCGACACUUGUGUCAUAGCGACCGAUGCCAGCGAGCGCGCCGGGGGCAUCUGCCACACGGCCGGGCUCUCGGCGCAGGGCGUUGCGUGCGCGAGAGGGGGAGCUUCGGCUGUGACUUUGCGGCCUGGUGCAGUUGCGGCCCCUGUGCGGGGAGUGCGGUGGCGCCCUCGCAUAGUUCUCAUCGAGCUCUUCGCAGGCGCCGCUGGGGCCGCGGUGGCGGCCUCCAGACUCCCGAUCGACGUGAUGGCCCAUGUCAGCUGCGAGGUCGAGCCCGCUGCCCGGCGACUGGUGCGUCGCCGCUGGGCGGGCGUGAUCGAGCUUGGCAACAUCGAGGCCAUCGACACGGCGCGGUUUACUGAGAUGCUGAAGGGCUACGCGCGGGACGCCGACUGGGUCGUCUUGACCGCGGGGAGCCCGUGCCAAGACCUUGCGAGCAUCAAUGCCGUGGGGACCGGCCUAGAGGGGUCGAGGUCGAGGCUCUUCUUCCGGGUCCCCGAGCUGAUCCAGGCAGCAGAGGCUGCCUUUCCCAAGCGCACCAUGUGGUUCGUCGAGAACGUGUUCAGCAUGACCCUAGAGUCGAGGGCGGAGUUCACCAGGGCGCUUGGAGUCACGCCCGUGUUCCUCGAUGCCAGGUGUCUCACUCACGUCAGGCGGCCCCGCCUGUACUGGUGCUCGUGGCCCGUCACGGCGUUCUUGGCGUCCGACGCCACCGUCGAGACCAAGGGUGUGGGUGAAGCCGCGUACUUCAAGGUCUCGCUUGCGGUGGAGAGGCUCCCACUGAGUGCCUCGCUCCUGGAGGGCUGGUCGACGCUGGACCCUGAGGCAGACCUCCCUUGUUUUACGAGGCCGAUCCCGCGACGCCACCCGCCGUUUCGGCCCGUGGGCCUCGACCGCGCCUCGGUGCUGGCCGCGGAGCGCUGGGCUGCCGACAGCUACCGUUACCAGGUCAACAACUACGAGGACGGCAGCCUCAUCUGGGACGCGAGGCGUGAGCGGGGCCGGCUGCCUGUGCCUGAGGAGCGUGCUGCUCUGAUGGGGUUCGACCGUCUCUAUUUCCAGGCCGCUGUAAAAGAUAGUGCACCCGCCGCCGAGCGAGACAGCGUCAUUGAGUCCCUGAUCGGGAAUACGUUCUGCGUCCAGGCUGUCAUGUAUCUUCUCGGCUCGUGGCUCGCUCAGGUGGGGGCGCUAGCGGCCGCCAUCCCAGGCAGCAGCUGCCUCGCUGUGGGCACGUGCGAGGCGAACUGGAACGUGGUCCCCGACUUCCAGCAGCCGGGACAUCGCGACCCGCAGUUGGAACGCAGCCUGAUCGUAGAGUUCCUGAGGGUCGCGGACCGCGGGGGCACGGACGUCCGGCUCGACACCGGGGCGCCCUACCGCGCCCGCGCCACCAAGGGCAGAUCGAGCGCGAGGGCUUUGCAGCCCGCACUCCGCCGGCUCAACUCCCUGCUCCUCGCGACGGCUGGGUACCCGCUGUACGGCUACUGCGACACCGACGACAUGCCCGCCGACACGCCCAAGCGCGCAGCGCAGGCAGCAGCAAAGGUGAGCAGGGUCACGGCCCAGGCGAUGGCACGACGAGCUGCAGCGAGGUCCCAACCGCUGAGGGAGGCGAUGGUCACGCCACUCGCCCUGCAGCGGUACCGUGCGGCAGUCGAUGAAGUCGUUGAUUUCUGGAUCCAGGAGCACCGGCAGCCGCAGACGCCCGCUCAGGUCGACGCUGGCGUGGCCGCCUUCAUUGAGAGCCGUUGGCUGAGCGGAGGAUCCUUGUUUGAGGUUAAUAAUGCAAUUGCAGGCAUCACGCACACUUUCCCGCCCGUGCGAGGGCACCUGCGGGACAGCUGGCGCUUGGCCAAGACGUGGCAACGCCUGGGGCCAGCUGGGCGGGCGCUGCCAAUCGGUCCGCUGAUCGCGGCAGCGUUCGCUGGUGCAUUUGCGGCCCUGCGCAACACCAAGAGCCAGCAUCAGACUGGUGCCCGAGAGUUCGUGCUCGUGCGGAGUGGUGUAGCGGUCGCCCUCCUUGCCAGAGCAAAGGCUCAGGCGCACGGACAGGACUUGUGCCUCGGGAUGGAGCCAAGCAGUUUCAUGAACACUUUCGGCCGCGUGCGUGAGCUGCUGGAGCUGCAAGAUGCAAAGCUCACCCUCUACAGCUGGCGGCGGGGCGGCGCCUCCGCCGACUUCCGCAGCCACGGCUCCAUGGAGCAGACGCUGCUCCGAGGCAGAUGGGCCUCGGCGCGCACGGCCCGCUUGUAUGUCCAGGAUGCCGUCGCCGAGGCCACUCAAUUAAAUCUCUCGCCCACGCAGCGGAAGCGCUGCGGCCUGCUCGCGUCCCGCCUGCGAGCAGAAGCGAGAUGA